GCCGAAGCGUUGUACAGUGGUCCAUCAUCGUAAAAUGAGAACGAUUUACUUGUUUUGCUGCAUCCUUGCAAUCAUUGCCGGCACCUUCGGUAAACGCUACACCGGAAACCGACGUGGUAGUAGCCGCGCUACUUGCAAUUGGCUCAAUGAACGACUGGAAAUACUUUAUCCACGGGGACUGAGGAUAGCUCAACCGAAGUCAUCGUCGCUGGUGUCAUUUGGAAUUGAAGUGUACCUCAAUCGGGAGCAGCAGCAGCAGCAGCAGCAGGUUGGACACGACGCAAUGGUGCCCUGUGAUGUUUGUGUUAAUUCCACGGUUGCCACAUCGGACGCUACAACCAUCGAGCUAUUUCAUCCAACGGCCAUUAUCCGUGCUAAGGACCAUUUCCAAUACGCCAUUACCAACUACUAUCGUGAUGGAGUGGUUCGACAAUAUCGCUGCUCGUUUUACGUGGCGCAGGAUCGCUUAAGGUACGAGACACCGAUUGCACCGAGCUCUUGCCGCACAUCGAUUGCACGGACAACGGACCUCGGAAAACCCUCCCAAAACGAUAAGAUGCUGUUGGAGGAGAUCCUGAAUGAGUCGAUUGGCCAGUGCAUAGAGCAGACGAACAUGCUCGUCAUGGCUGAUUCGAACACCGUCCGCACACGGGCACAGAUGGAACAAUAUGUUCGUUCGCGAUUGAACGCACUGGUACCAGGCCUUGAUUGGGGUAAUGGCUUCAAGUUGAUCUACAAAUCCGAGGAAGGACUCGUAUUUGAGCUAGAAUCGUUGAUUGCCAAGAAAAAGCUGCUACGGCUCGUCCAAUCGAUUGAGAGGGCAAAGGAUAUUCAGGAUUAUGAUAGUGUACCACCAUCGUAUCACGACAUUCGAGAGUACGAUAUAGCGUGAUCCAAGGGAGGUUGACCAGAAAUUAUGCAAAAUAUUAUGCGAAAAUUUUGAAAAUGAGAUCUGUGUUCCUAUCUCAAAGGUUUGUAGUAAACAACGUGUUCCAAUCAAUCAAGCCACAGUGACCCAAGGGUUGCUGCCUUAUCACCUUCGUAACGAAAGACUUCGUAACGAAAACACUGGAAAUCCCGAUUAGCCAUUAGCGAACUGACGUUGCAGCGCUCCAGUGUAGAUCACCGUCUCUUUGGAAUAACUCGUUGUCGCUCGAUUGUCUGACGAUGAAGUUUCAAAUUCUACUUGGUAUCCUUGCCAUUCUUCUAUCUGUGUCUGGCAAACGAUGGAACUACAAAAGCCGGAAAGCGUGUGGUUGGUCAAAUAACCAGAUCGAAAUCCUUGUUCCUCUGGGAGUACGCGUAGCGUUACCAUCCUCGAGAUCGACUGCGGUAGGCUAUGGCAUUGAAGCGUACAUCAAUCGUGAGCCAGAGGGAAGUGAAACCUGUGACAUUUGUGUUAAUUCAACGACGAUCACUGAACCGAUAUUUCAUCCGUCGGCCAUUAUACGCGCAGGAGAUCGUUUCGAAUACACGCUCUCCUAUUACUACCGCAGUGGAUCCAUUCGUCAAUACAAAUGCUCGUUCCAUGUGGCAGAGUAUCGUAUGAAGUACGAUUCAUCGGCCUCUCCUUGUACUACUGCGGUACUUCCCAACCCGGAAGCAACCGAGCAACGGCCUGCAGCGAACGAUAAGCUGAUUCUUGAAGAAAUCAUAAACGAUUCUAGUCGUCGCUGCGAUGGCAUAUCCCGCAUGAUAGUGAUGACCGAGCCAAGCAAACUCACGAACAGGAAUCAAAUGGAAGAAUACGUAGCGGGAAAGCUGGAAUCGGCAUUGCUGGGACUAGACUGGACCGAUGAAAUCCAGCAGGUUUAUCGCUCGGAGAAGGGAUUGGUUAUUGAGCUGAAAUCUAUCGUCACAAAGAGGAAGCUGCUACGCUUAAUCAGGGAUAAUGUAGUGGACCUACAAAUAGUUGAUUUUGAUCUAGAUACAGACGAAGACAGCUCUGGCGGUGGAUUUUGGUAGUCUGGCGAAAGCUUCUGGCGCUGGAUCUUGAUUAAAAAAUGGCUAAGAAUUUAUUUUGCA